CUUCUUACUUUGUUUGAUUAGAUUGUAUUAGCCUCUGUCUUGUCUUUUGGUUAGUAUAAGUAUUGAUAAAUUCCUUUGACCAGCAAGAUAUCAUCACUAAAAGAUUUUACAUUACCAAGCCAUCUCCAAUAUCAUCAGGUCAAGUGAUGUUGUUUCUAACCGCGGCUGUCUGUUUAAUAUGCUUUUACGUCUACAAGUCCGUGAAACCGCCGCCGCCAAUUCCAUUGCCGGAGAAUGUUUCUGAGAUAUCUCCAAGAAUCAAGCUCAACGAUGGCAGAUAUUUAGCUUACAAAGAAUUAGGGUUUCCUAAAGACAAAGCCAAAAAUAAGAUUAUCAUUCUCCAUGGAUUCGGGAGUUCCAAGUUAGUGGAUUUAAAAAUCACACAGGAAAUGAUCGACGAAUUCGAGAUAUACUUCUUGUUGUUCGAUAGAGCUGGUUAUGGAGAAAGCGAUCCUCAUCCAUCACGAACACUAAAAACGGAUACAUAUGACAUCGAAGAACUUGCUGACAAAUUGCAAAUCGGUCCAAAGUUCCAUGUCCUAGGAAUGUCACUCGGGGCUUAUCCAGUUUACGGCUGUCUCAAGUACAUUCCUCAUAGACUAAGUGGAGCAACGUUGGUGGUUCCGAUACUGAAUUUUUGGUGGAGUUGUCUGCCUCUAAACUUGUCGAUUUCAGCGUUCAAGAAAUUGCCAAUUCAAAAUCAGUGGACACUUGGAGUCGCACACUACUUUCCAUGGUUAUUAUAUUGGUGGAUGACUCAGAAAUGGUUUUCCCCAUUUAGUCAGAAUCCUAGAGAAACUAUGACCGAGCGCGAUAUAGAGCUCGCGGAUAAGCAUACAAAACACGCAUAUAUUAAGGAAUCCGCACUACGACAAGGUGAAUAUGUGAGCAUGCAACGAGACAUCAUUGCGGGUUACGAGAAUUGGGAGUUUGAUCCAACCGAACUGAGCAAUCCAUUUUCAGAUGAUAACAAAGGGUCAGUUCACAUUUGGUGUGCACUCGAAGACAAACAAAUUUCGCAUGAGGUUUUACUCUACUUAUGUGAUAAGCUUCCAUGGAUAAAGCUUCAUGAAGUCCCUGAUGCUGGACAUCUUAUUAUCCAUGAGAAGCAGCAUUUUGAAGACAUUAUUAAAGCCGCUUGUAGUUGAAGGUUAAAAAAAAAAACUUAAUUCAAUAGUUUGUGUGUGGACUGGAUUUGAAAGUUGAUAUUAUAUAAAAUAUAUGUUCAAUGUCACAUAUAUAUAUUUUGUUACAAUUAAAUUCAUUUUACUACU